AGUUGUGAUGCCUCUUCAGCCUGGUGGUGGACGGAACCGGGCCCAUGAAGCACUGCUGCAAAGGCUUCUGCAUCGACGUCCUCAAGCGACUGGCAAAGAUCGUGGGCUUCACCUACGACCUUUACCUGGUGACGAACGGGAGGCACGGAAAGAACAUCGAUGGAGAGUGGAACGGCAUGGUCGGGGAGGUGGUGUCCAACAGAGCGGACAUGGCCAUCGGGUCCCUCACCAUCAACGAGGAGAGGUCGGAGGUCGUCGAGUUCUCCGUUCCGUUCGUGGAGACCGGCAUCAGCGUCAUGGUUUCUCGCAGCAACGGCACCGUGUCGCCUUCUGCUUUCCUCGAGCCCUACAGCCCGGCGGUGUGGGUGAUGAUGUUCGUCAUGUGCCUGUCGGUGGUCGCCGUCACCGUCUUCAUCUUUGAGUUCUUCAGCCCCGUGGGAUACAACCGCAGCCUGCAGAGCGCCAAGAGGUCGGGUGGAUCCAAGUUCACCAUAGGGAAGUCUGUGUGGCUGCUCUGGGCGCUGGUCUUCAACAACUCUGUGCCUGUGGAGAACCCCAGAGGAACCACCAGCAAGAUCAUGGUGCUGGUGUGGGCCUUCUUCGCUGUCAUCUUCCUGGCCUCCUACACCGCCAACCUGGCUGCCUUCAUGAUCCAGGAGGAGUACAUCGACACGGUGUCGGGGCUGUCGGAUAAGAAGUUCCAGCAGCCGACGGAGCAGUACCCGCCGCUGCGCUUCGGAACGGUGCCCAACGGCAGCACGGAGGAGAACAUCCGCUCCAACUAUCCCAACAUGCACCAGUACAUGAUCCGCAACAACCAGAAGUCCGUAGAGGAGGCCAUCGAGAACCUCAAGUCCGGGAAACUGGAUGCCUUCAUUUAUGACGCAGCGGUGCUGAACUAUAUGGCCAGAAAGGACGAGGGCUGUAGGGUGAUGACCAUCGGCUCCGGAAAGGUGUUUGCCACUACGGGCUACGGCAUCGCCCUGCACAAGAACUCCCGCUGGAAGCGGCCCCUGGACCUGGCGCUGCUGCAGCUGGUGGGAGACGACGAGAUUGAUAUGUUGGAGCGUCUCUGGCUGUCCGGUAUCUGCCACAAUGAUAAGAUCGAGGUGAUGAGCAGUAAGCUGGACAUAGACAACAUGGCGGGCGUCUUCUACAUGCUGCUGGUGGCCAUGGGUCUCAGCCUCCUGGUGUUUGCCUGGGAGCAUCUGGUUUACUGGAAAUUACGUCACUGUGUGAAGCGAUCCGGGGGGAUGGACUUCCUCCUGGCCCUCAGCAGGGGGAUGUAUAGUUGCUGCAAGUUUGAGGACGAGACAGCACCAGGAGGUAGCUCUUUGCCCCAGUACCACGCCAUGACCGGCAUGGCCACUGCAGCCCAACAACAUCUUGUUACCUCCACAAUAAAUAACACGACCGCCAUCGCCAUGGUUCAACAGCAUCAGAAGCACCACCAUCAACAGCAGCAGGGGCCGACCUACACCACCAUGCUACCCGGGUCGCCGCCAACUACAGGGCACUCUGCAAUGGCUCUGGGACCCUCAAACAGCCCUUUGCUCGAAGGCCCCAUGCCCUGCUCCACCUUCUUGCCUCGCCAUGACCGAAGACUUGCCGUGGUCGAUCGCUGGAACAGGUCAAAGCCAGAGAAGGUCAUUAGCGGAGGAAGCGGUGGGGGAGUGGGUGUUGGGGGAUCGCAGGAGGGAUUACUGAACUUCAGGCCCCACAGUAUCAGCUGAACCUUGGACAGCACUGGGGCCUGCAGAGCGGAGUGGCAGUUGGGAGCUGGGGGAGGAGGUGACACAGUGCUAGACGAAUAUAAGCGCUAUUAUGGUCCUAUAGAUCCAGAGGGGCUGGGAGUUAACUCUGAACUGCAAGCGGCAGGCCCCCAGCAGACUCCCAAAGCCAAUCCUAGAGGAUACAAAGCCUCAGGGAUGCCGCGGAUGCCUCCUAAAGGCUCCCAACUAGGACCAUGGCACUUAAUCCCAAAGCCACCUCCAACGCUCCUAUCUUCGCCACGAAGGCCUCCUUUCUGGCGACGAGGAAGCCUAGCUCAGGCAAAGAGAAAAAACUCAGGAGGUCCCCUCUAUGAGAAUAUACUCCCUCUGGGUAGAAGAGGAGGUGGGAGGUAUGGAGCCAGCGAUGGAGGUGGAAGGAGAGGGCGACGUCCUCCACCACCUCUGCCUGUCCCACUCUCUUCUCCUACCCACACUCCCACCACUCAUUCCUCCCUGUGCCGUAUCUACUCCUCCUGCUCCAGUGCCUCGUCCUCUUCCUCUUCCACUUCAUCAACAUCAUCUUCUUCUUCAUCCUCUGUCUCACAGUCGAGAUCAAAUUCCCCCUCUUCUUGCUCCAGUGACAGCUCCUGCAACUCUUCGCUGAGUUUCCGGUAUCGGGCAGGCGACCGGGAUUUAACGUUGGACGACGAUUAUGAUUCAGAUCUGCUGACAGAGGAGUCCAGCCUCCUCCUGGGAACACAGAAGAAGAUCCGUUCCCGUCGCAUGUCAUCACGCUCGCUGCCGUGCAGCCCACCACCUCCACCAGUUCCGCCCCGGAAGCCACGUCUCCAGAGGGAUCAUGGCAGAGAGAGAACAGGCAGCCAGCUGGUACAAUUACAGGAGUGGUGGGCAUCAUGGGGGGACAGAGAGCGAGGCCGGGAAGGGGGAAGAAAACGGGGGGAUGGAGGAGUAGCUAAAGAGGAAAAGAGACAUCACAAAGAGAGGGAACGUGACAGCAAGAGGAGGAAGAAAGGCAGGAAGAAGAAGAAGAGGGAGGAAAGGGAAAGAGAAAGGGAGCGAAAACGGCGCAAAGCAAAGAAGAGGAAGAAAGAGGAUAAGAUGAAAAAGAGAGACCAAAAGCGGUCAGAGCAGGAGGGAGGGGAUGCUGACAAAAGAGAGGAACUCAAAUCAGGGACACCAGAUUACCCAUCAUACCCAGGCCUGAGGCGAGAGUCGUUUCGGAAAAAGAGUGAAAGUUCAAUCCGAAGCUUUGGAUGGAACAUACCAGGUGAAGAGAUGAAGGGAGAAGAGAAAGAGAGGGAUGAUGGGGAGGAAAUCAGAGGGAAAGAAACACAAAACAGGAGAAGAAACAGCAAGCACCUUCCUGACUCUAGCGGAAAGCCUUCGACAUCUGUCAAGUUCUGGGGAGGAGUCAACACGUCACUCCGACACCAUUCCAUCUGCCUUUCUACCCUUGUUGCCCGUUUCCUCUA